GUCGUUUAUGACUGGGUCAGGUACACGCUUAGAACAAGUGCCACGCUUAUAAUACCGAAAUACUGAUAGGUUUAUGUAGCAUGACAGUAUUAUUGAUUAAGCUUUGACUAAAGUUGUGAUAAAAAAAUGCUUGGUUGUCUUUUGUAUAUUGAUAGGGACUGUUAUUUUCUGGUGAAACAACUUCCUUUACAGCAUCCCUACUACGUAUGAUAAGCUGUUGGCUACAAGCGUUUGAGUGAUGUUUGAUCAGUCUGCGUCUGCCAAACAAGCCAAGGUUCAGUGAGCUCUUCAAGUUGCAUCGUGUGCUCUUUUGUUGAUAUACGCAUACAUCUAGAAAUCGCCAUGACGGAAAACGUGUUCUUGUUUGUCCCUAACAUAGUUGAUUACCUACGAGUGAUCACAGCUUUCGUGUCCUUUUACUACAUGCCCUUUGAUCCAUGGAAAGCCUCAUUCUGGUACUUACUCAGUGGCUUCCUUGAUGCCAUUGAUGGCCACCUUGCGAGACUGCUUGACCAGUCCAGUAAGCUUGGAGCAUUGCUGGACCAGCUGAUUGACCGCUGUGCGACCAUGUGUCUGUGUGGAGCUCUGUGCUAUUUCUAUCCAGAUUAUCUCAUGUUUUUCCAGUUCUAUAUGGCCCUGGACAUCACCAGUCACUGGUUCCACCUACAGAGCACACUGAUGAAGGGAGCAGGUAGCCACAAGGUUCUGGAUCUGUCAGCCAAUCCAAUCUUAAGGCAUUACUACCAUAACCGGAAAAUCCUAUUUGUGAUGUGCUCUGCCAAUGAGCUCUUCUUCUGCAUGUUGUAUUUGACCCACUUCUCUGCGGGGCCAGCAUUGGGAAUCGGCUUCUUCUCCCUUGGAUUGUGGCAGAUCAUUCUUUACUUGACCGCACCCUUGGCAGCUGUGAAGACUUUCAUUAGUUGUCUACAGCUUGGGGCAGCUUGUAAAAACAUCGCAGCCAUCGAUGUAGCAGAUCGAGAAGCUGCGAGACAGGAAGCUGCGAGACAGAAGAAAGAGUGAGAAAUCUGUCCCAGGUCUGGGCAGCAGACAAGUUUUAUAAGGGCACAGUUGUCAUCGUUAAUGAUGUGAUUGUCAUGCUAACCUAAGUUUAUUGAUUUGUUAUGUCAGCAUUAUAUUAUUUGUUAGCGUUUUACCAAAUGUACACCUUUGUUGGUAGUUUGCGAAAUAGUCCUUGUUGAAGAUUUGAAAAAUGUCUUGGAUAGCCUGGUACACAAGCAGACUUGAUCCUUGUAUGUUUAGGAGUUAAGCUUAACCAUGUAAUUACCAUGACUAUAUAGAUCCAGAAGGUCAGUCGUUAAGAGUCACUAAGACUCUUGUAUUCAUCAGUGGUUAUUCUAGGUCCUAGUGGUCAGUCAUCAGAGUCACACAGACUCUUGUAUUCACCAGUGGUUAUUUAAGGUCCAAAUGGUCAGUCACCAGGGUUACUAUUACUCUUGUAUUUGUCAGUGGUUAUUUUAGGUCCUAGUGGUCAGUUAUCAGAGUCGCUAAGACUCUUGUAUUCAUCAGUGGUUAUUCUAGGUCCUAGUGAUCAGUUAUCAGAGUCACUAAGACUCUUGUAUUCAUCAGUGGUUAUUUUAGGGUUUGGUGGUCAGUCAUCAGAUGUCAAAUACUAUUACAUAUAGGCUAAAAACCAUAACAUUUCAAGCUUUUAUGAUAUUGAUAUGAUCUGAAGCUUAAGAUCAAACAGUAUUUUUAAGUAUUUAAAUACCAGUAUCUUCACUUAUUAUUACAUCUUUACAGAUGUAUGAACAUUGUUACAGAAACAAACAUCAAAGAUCAUUCCGAUACAAUGUAUAAUUUAACUUUGUCACAGGGGUUGGGGGCUCAAUAGAUAAAACGCCUCUUCAUCUGACGUCUGAUUGUUAACUGAUUAUGUAUGCUUACUGUACUAGUUGUUUAUGUGAAGGAAAACCUACAUAUGUCUAUAUCAAGUUUGUUUAUGUAAUCCAUGUACCUCACUAUUUAAUAAUGUGAGUAUUAUAACUGAAGCUUCCAUCCUGAUUUGCUCCAGCUGUUAUUUAAAUCAGACAUGUUAAGUUAGGAUAUGAUGUUCAGUGCCAUGUGUUUCAAUACUUAAACCACAUAACUAUUUGUCAGGAAACAAAGUAGGUUAUAAAUGGGGUGUACUCUUUAAUACUGUAUUGUACAUUGUUUUUUUUACAUGAACGAAAUUGAUCAUCUCUUUUUUAGAAUAGUUUUAUGCCAUGUUAUUUUUUAGAAAACCUAGUUAUUUUUAGAUAAAUCGGUGGUUUGUUAGAUAUCGGAUACAAAUCGACUUUUAGAUGAUUACAGUAUAAGUGUCUGAUAAUUCGCUAUAUAUACUGACUAAGAUCCAAUAAGACUAACAAGAAACAUCGUGAAAUCAAUGUUAUUUUUAUUUCAAUUACAGUUCAUUUUGGCGCUACUAUGUUGUUGAUGGUUGUCAGAAAGCAAACGUAAUACAUUCCUAGCACCAAAAUAAUGUUACAAAAUCUAUACAGAAUCAAAACGAUCUUUUAAUCUUUUAUUAAGAGAUAAUUUGGGUAAUUUUUCAUCCUUUUCAUUUAGAAUGCAUAUCAAAUGACAUUGUUUACCCAUUUUAGGUAUGAAAUCCGUCAAGUUUUAACUCGGAAACAAAGAAGAAAAUGACUAAAUGUAUCAUAUAAGUCAUUUUCGUUGUCUUAAUCGCUUUGUAGAGAGUUUCAGAGUGUAGAGAGUCACCUAGUUGAACCUUGUCACUGUCUGAAUAAAACUAUUUGGUCUAGACAAGAAUCUAGAUCGGACAGUCUGGUAUGUACACAAAUGACUGUAUUUUAUUAGUUCAAUAGUAAGAAUCCUUGUUUCCUGUACUACAAAUAAGGAAGAUAAUGCUUUAUAUAAUCUCUGCUGUUUUGUGAGAGAAUUUUUCGAAAUCAUGUACAAAAAAAAUGAUUGAGACAUUUUUAUUUGGAAAUAGUUUUACAGCAUGUGUUACAUUGCAGAUACCUUUAAUUGAAUCUAUGUAUACUAAAAAUACUAAAUACCUGUACUGGUAUAAGUCUGUUAGAAUGUAACAUGUUCUUAGAUUGAAUAUGUUUGAUUUUAUCACAAUCUUUUAAUUUUAAUACUGAUUCUAUUACUCAUGUUAGUGCUGUCUAUACAGUACACACGUUUUGUGCCAACUUGUUCUAGGUUAUAAGUUUUCCUCAUCAUUACUCCAGUAAUAGAGACAAAUUCCUUGUUAUUUGUAACUUUUUUUAUUCUUAUUUAGAUUUUUUAUUGCGAAUAUGCUACUUUUGAUCCAAGUUUUCAGUUUAUGAAAAUAUUUUAUUCUUCUUUUAAUUCUUAUUUUUUUAGAUAUUAAAAAAAAAUCAGUAAAUUCUGAGUUUUGAAACUGUGGAUAGGUUUUUUCCAAUUUAACCCAACAUGAAAUAAAUGUUUUAUUAAAGAUAGACUCCUGUUACAUUAUCCAUACAUGUAGCUUAAUUAAUUAUGUUUACAUCUUUGAGAGCAAACAGGGUUUUGACAGGAAAUUAAUCCUAGAGGAGACAGGAAAUUAAUCCUAGAGGAGACAGGAAAUUAGUCCUAGAGGAUGAGACAGGUUUAUUUGCAAGGAAAUGUAAAGUAACUAAGAAUAUCUGCAGAAAAAUGUGUGCUAGAAAAUGCCAGAACGAAAAUUGAAGGAUGCCAUAGAUUGGGAACAAUGUACUAGCUCACAGACCUUUCAUAUUAAAUUUUAGUUAAGCUUACACAGAGAAAGGUAAUUAAAAAUACAGUUAAAGGUUUCUGAAUUAUGUGGAACUUAACACAUAAUGGACUAAGGGGUCAGUAAGAAGAUAACAUAAAAAUAGCUCAUUGAAAUCUGUUUUGUACCAUUUUCAAUUUUUAUUUGCCAGUUACAGAAAUAUUUCUAGCUUUACAUUUGUAAUUUUUAUCCUAAUUAAUUAUU